CCCAUAUUCUGCUAUUCCGCUUUCCCUUAAUCUCUCACCAAAUCGGCAAAUCCUCCCUCGACGAUUCAGGGCUCUCUUAGGGUUUUCGAAAAAUGUUCUCCAGCAGCCAAUUCGACGGCGGUUUCAUGGCCUCCCAGUCGACUCAGAUGGGCGAUGGCACUCCAUCUGCCGCCAAAACUCGUGAUUCUCAUGGUUUGGUCCCCGCUACGGUGAAGAUGAUCAGCCAAGCUUCUCAGUCCGGCGACGAGAAGUCAAAAUUCGCCAUCAACGGGGUGGAUGUAACCAAUGUUACUGUGGUUGGAAUGGUGUCUGAUAUAGUGGAAAAGGUUACUGACAUGGGAUUCAUAAUAGAUGAUGGAACUGGCCGCAUUGGUUGCAAGAGAUGGGUUAGUGACGGAUUUGACAAAAUGGAAGCUGAAGCAAUACAGGAUGGGAAGUAUGUUCGUGUUAAUGGUCACCUGAAUUCCUAUCAAGGAACAACUAAUCUGGUUGCUUUCUCUGUAAGGCCUGUGACUAACUUUGAUGAGGUCACCUUCCACCAUAUCGACUGCAUAUAUUCUUAUCUGCAGAACACCAAAACAAAGCUGCCUCAGAAGGGAGAAUCCUCUUUCAGUACCCCUGUGAAGACUGAACCAAAUGGCUUCCAAACGUCUUCUAUGGACCAUUUGUCGAAACAGUACAGUAUCGACGGAUUGAAGGACUGUGAUCAGUUGGUCCUCGAGUGUCUGAAACAAAGCUCAGACAUGGGACAAGAGAAAGGGAUGCACGUCGACGAAGUAUGCAAACAUCUGAAACUCCCACUGGAGAAGAUCAAGGAAUCUGUUCGAUCUCUUGAAGAUGAAGGUCUGAUUUACUCAACGAUCGACGAGUUCCACUACAAAGCUACCUGAUCUUUCAGGACUCACAAGUGGCCUUAUUAUGCUGAUUAUAUAGUACCCUCUCACUCUUCUCAGAUUCUGUCCUGGUCUUUUAUUUGGUAGCAUGUGUAGUUAGCUAUAUUUCUUGCGCGGCAAGUGACAAUCUAGGUUUUCUCUAAGUCAGUUUAUUAUCUGUUAGAGCAGGGCAACCUGCCUGUCUCCCCAUUGUCGUCAACUGCUGAGCUUGGCAUUGGCCAUAGGUAAGCUUGCAGCUUGGGAAGUGAUUGCAGACUUGCAGUUGGUGUUGGUUCACCCCUUUCUAUCUCAAUAUAUUGCAUAGUGAAUCAGUCAUUUCGGGCUUCGAACCC